AUGCAAAUACCAACUUCAGCCUUGUUCAUACUUCUCUUCUCCCUCACUUCAGUGGUAGAAGCUAAAUACCAUCCGCCGUCAACCGCUUCGCCAGAUUAUCAGAAAUGCAAACAUGGUGUUGAUUCCGACCCAUCCUGUAUUCCAAUCGUGUCAGACGACUCAGUCUCCAACAUCCGCGACUCCAAAGGACGUUUCUUAUUGUUGAAUGAGAAACAUCCAGAAUUGAAAUCAUAUAUAAAACAACAGACCAAAUCACCUUACAUGACUCCAACCGCUACGAUCACAAGCGUGGUCACACCUACUACUCCUCAAGCUCCUGCGUUGAUCGCUCCUGAGUUAUCCACCGGCACUCUCGCUCCUACGGCGAUGGCAACGAGGGAUGAUAAUGAAGGAGAUAUGAAAUUUGGUGGAGCUAGUUCAUGGGGUAAACCAUUUCUUGUCAGAUCCGAAGAAUCGGGACCUGGAGUCGACACUAAGAUUAUGAUGAAAAGGGAUACCAAUCAUUUUAGUAUACCUUCCAUCCCAUUCUUAGGAGGUGGAAGUGGAAAUGGAUUAUUCAGUUUUGCAUCGCAACCUCAACCUCAAAUCGACCAAAUCGAUUCAGCUAGUCUUGGUGACGGUGCUCCAACCCAAGCUCAAGCUCAGGCCGAUUUGAUUGGCAAUCUGAAAUUCGGUUAUGGCGGAGGAUGGGGUAGACCAUGGAAGAGGUCACCCAAUCCGAAUCCUGAACCUAAAAAUUGUUUAGAGGAAACUGCCAUUUUAUCAACUGCCACAGAGACUGCGACAGCUACUAUCACCCAAGUGCAGAUCCAGACUGCGACUAUCACUACUACGCCCACAUCUACGACCAGUACUACCGAUGUAGAGGAUAAUACGGGUAGUGCGAAGUGGGGAUUCGGAGGAGGAUGGGGAAGACCUUUCGUCAGGUCGAGCUCGGAUUCCACCCAACAAGUCUCAGAAGGACCAUCAUCCGAAGAGACUGGGAAUAUGAAAUUCGGAUAUGGAGGUGGAUGGGGUAGGCCAUGGAAAAGACAAGGUCCGAUUGAUGGAGUAACAUCAUCAUCAUCAAGUAUGACUAUGACGACUACUAUGCCUCAGGAGGAUGUGGGAAACAAGAAAUUUGGUUAUGGAGGUGGAUGGGGCAGACCCUGGUAG